AUUCUGUUGCUUUGGCUUAAGUUGGUGUUUGUUUAUUAGUUUUUCUGUUUUGGCUGUGAAGAAGACUUGUUUCUCUUGGACUUGGGCAAUCGCUGGUUUCUGGUUAUUGCUUGUUUCAUUUUUUUUUUGGGUUAAAUUUAGAAGUUGUGAUGGUCAAAUUGAGAUUAGCACUUAAAAUUUUAACAAAUUCUGUCUGCAUUGCAAUUUAUAUAAAAUUUUGAUCUGUUGGGUACUUGGGGUUCAGUCUUGACUCUUGAGUUGUUAUAAUCUUUUAAGAUGUUCCUGUGUAUUUGACUGUUGAAUAGACCUUUACCUAUUUAGGAAACUUAAAUUGGGAAUAAAGAAUUCACUGCAUGUGAAGGGAGUAGUUUUGACAGUUAAAAUGCAAUUCUGUAAUUAGUCCUUACUCUUUCUCUUAAUUUCUGUUUUCUUAUAGAUCAACUUCAAAAAUUUCAAAACGCUAUUACCAUAUAGUCUGAUUCAGUUCUAGAGGUUGCUGCUUGGAACAACGAUUUCUGGAUGCUGUCAACUGCUAGACCACAAUUUUGUAGACUUGUCUACAUGUUCUUUAACUAUUCAUCUAACACCCAAGUGGCUGUAUUUGAAAAGUGAACGAAAGCUUCCUUGUGUCUGUUCAAUAUGGAUAGCAAAUCAAAAGGCAUAGCCUGGGUUGGCAACAUCUAUAAGAAGUUUGAAUCUAUGUGCAUGGAGGUGGAUGAUAUGGUGUGCCAGUUGCAGACAGUGGGUGCCAAUGUUAAACAAUUGUGCACAGAACUAGUGCAAGAGGUGCUCCCUUCAUCUCCUACCAAUUCAGUGGAAGAGAUUAACUUGUCUCUGGUGCAAAAUGUGGGUGUCACAGGCUAUGAAGAUUCAAACGUAAGUGUUGAUGAAGAUCACUCCAAGAAGGAACUGAUUAAUUCCUCUUCCGUUGAAUCUAAACAAUUGUGCACAGAACUAAUGCAAGAGAUGCUCCCUUCAUCUCCUACCAAUUCAGUGGAAGAGAUUAACUUGUCUCUGGUGCAAAAUGCCGGUUUCACAGCCUAUGAAGAUUCAAACAUAAGUGUUGAUGAAGAUCACUCUCAGAAAGAACUGAUUAAUUCCCCUUCCGUUGGCUGUAAACAAUUCUGUGCAGAACUAAUGCAAGAGGAGCUCCCUUCAUCUCCUACCAAUUCAGUGGAAGAGAUUAACUUGUCUCUGGUGCAAAAUGCCGGUGUUACAGCCUAUGAAGAUUCAAAUAUAAGUGUUGAUGAAGAUCACUCUCAGAAGGAGCUGAUUAAUUCCUCUUCUGUCGAAUCUAAACAAUUCUGGACAGAACUAAUGCAAGAGGAGCUCCCUUCAUCUCCUACCAAUUUGGUGGAAGAGAUUAACUCAUCUCUAGUGCAAAAUGCUGGUCUCACAGCCUAUAAAGAUUCGAACAUAAGUGUUGAUGGAAAUCACUAUCAGAAGGAACUGAUUAAUUCCUCUUCUGUCAAAUCUAUUGAGAAUGUAUAUUUUGGUUUAUCUUUGGAGCAAAGUACAGAGGAUGAGAGUGCCUUGGCAGAUUGUUCAGGCAUCAUACCAUCUGAUUCUGUAAUGUUGGCUCAAGCCUGCAAGAAUGAACUUCAGUACAUUGAUUCUACUCUAGCUGACACCUCAUUAGAGUUAAUGGAAGAGGCUAGCGAUAAAUCUGUUUCAGAAAUGGAACUAGAAGCUGUUCUUGUUCCAUCUUUUGAUGAGGUAAAGCUCGAAGAAAGCUGCAUUAUAGUAUACAGUAACGAGCUUCAUUCCCUCUCUAAUGAAGCAGGAGAACAUAGGUCGUACAUGGAACAGAAAAAGUUUCGGGAGGCUUUUUCUUCCAAGUCAAGGUUAGCAAAGCGGAUUAAUGAACAGCAUGCAGAAUCGACUAAGGAGAAAGGAAAUGGUGUUGGACCAUCCAUUCAAACCAACAAAUCUGAAUCACAAGACAUGGAAUUUUGUGAAUCGGAUUGGGAGAUUAUAUAGACAAGUUUUACUUUGUUUUCUUUUUUAUGGCCUUGGCUUAGCUAUGCAGAUAAAAUAAUAAGAAUGUAGACAAACAUUCUUAAAUUAUGAGACUGGAAUUUCCCUCGGUUAAAAUGUAUGGAGAUGGAGAGAAUUAGGCACUCGAGUAAGCUUGAGGAAAUCCAACCUGUUGGAUUGGUGGAAACCGGAAACUUUACUUUGUUUUGUGUUAAUUGGUAAUUGCGGUCGGCUUUAAGCUUUUACUGCACAUUGUGUUUUUUUUCCUUGCCAUGAUGAUAAAUUUCAUUGCCUGAAAAUGGUAAAAAUCCAUUGGGAAAUCUGGCUUGAUUAAUAACAAAGGAAUCUGUUUUUCAAACAAUCAAGAGCCAAGAAUUAUAAUGCAUAGCGUCA